AUUCUGGUUUCGAAAAUUUUUAGCCGGCUAAAGUCCAAGCAUUACAAGAUGGCCAUAUUUUUGCCCAUAAAUAAUCAACUCCAGCCUUGGUUUCUCCUCCUGCAAAGAAAAAGAUAGAAGUUAGAGAGAAAGAGCUAGAGAGAAGUGAGAGAAGAGAAAGUGUGAACCUUUGGAGAAGCUGAGCCACCAGAGCUCGCCGGAGCCACCACACGCCAAGACCAAGCCAAGCUCAUCACCACCGUUCGUUGUAGUCGACGAAUCCAUAGCCACCAGAAUCGUCGCAAUCGGAGCUCGGACGAAGCCGUACGAGCCCUCCAAAGUUUCGCCGGAAAUCGCAUCCGCCACCGCCGGACCACCGUUAUCCGCCGCCGGACCACCGCUUCUCCGACGCCGGUCCGCCGCUUAUCCGCCGCCGGACUGUCAUCGCCGCCGAUUUGGAGUCUAUUUUAUCAGUGGGAGUUCAUAGAUACCACUUCUCUUCAUUGCUAAGGUGAGACCGAUGAGCAGGAGUGAUCAUAUCGGACUAGUGCUACUAUUUGGGCUCGUGGGCUUUAUCGUUUAUCGUUUUAUCUUUUAUCGUUAUUGGGCCUUCAGGCCUUUGGACUUCUAUCGUUUAUGUUAUUUCUUAUUUCAGCCUUCGGGCUUAUAUUGUUAUCGAUAUUUCAGAUGUUUAUUUUCGGGUUUGACUUUAUGGUAUUGUAUUUGACUUUAUGAUAUGACGUGGAUUUUAUUAUCCGUAUUAUUAUUAUUAUUUCCGCUGCGCUACUAUUUAUUUAUCUCGAAUUAUUUUAUCAUUAUUCGCCAGACGCGGUCGCGUCAGGUUUUGGUAUCAGAGCCGUGUUCCGUCCCGGCUCCGACCCGGGAUGGCGAUUUCUGGAGACUCGGUUUUUAUUCGGUUUUAAUCGGUUUUCAAAUAUUUAUGGGGAUAUGGGGAUUUUAAAAAUAAGAAAAAAAUAGCACCUUUCCGUUCGAUAUCACUCCUUUAAUUGUUGGAUUUCGUCAGAAGUUAACUCGUUGCCUUCAUUUCAGAUGCCGCCGAGGAGAGCUACCCGUGCUCAGAUCGCUAGAGAUGCUAGAGAGGCUCAGGAUGCGCAUGUUCAGCCCGCAGUUCCGCAGCCCGUUGCUCCGCAGAUUGAUCAGGAUGCCGUGAGACAGAUGAUUCAGGAGUCAGUUCAGCAGAUUGCCCAAGAGGCAGCCAGACAAGCCGCUCAGGAGGCUGCCCGGGUAGCUGCUCAGGAAGUUGCUCGACAGAUGGCUGCAGCUCAGCAGGUUCCGCAGGGUCCUCAGAUUCAUGUGCAGCAGGGUCCGCAGAUUCAUAUGCAGCAGGUUCCGCCAGUUCAGGUUCAGCAUGAUCAUCAGGUUCCAGCUCAGCAGGCCCCAGCGCCACAGUAUCCGCAGGUUCCUAUUCAGCCAGUUCCAGGGGUCUUCCAGGUUCCACCACCGCCGCCUGCUUUUCCAGUGCAUGUACCCGAGGUUGAUGAGACAUUUAUCAGGGUGUUGUCACAGAUGAAGUAUGUGAACUUGGAGCAUUUCAGUGGUACCACAGACCCUACACUUGCUCACGAUUGGAGGCACAGUUUGGAUAAGUGUUUGAACACUAUCUCAUGCCCACCAAGGCACAAGCUUAGGAUUGCUGAGUUGUAUUUGCGCGGAGAUGCAGCAGUGUGGUGGGAUGGAGUGCGAGUGAUGCACCACGGCGAGAUGACUUAUGAGGAUUUCAUGUAUGCAUUCAACAAGAAGUAUUUUCCAAGAGAAGCUUUGGAUGAGAAGAAGAACGAUUUUGAGAGUUUGAGGCAGGGUGGAAAGUCUGUCAGAGAAUAUGAGCAUGAGUUUCGCCAGCUUCACCGAUUUGCGGGUAAUGGUAUGGAUGAGGAGGAUCUUAUCAGGAGGUUCUUAAAAGGGAUGCGAGUAGAACUUCACGGUAGGUGCAGUAUGGUCACCUAUACCAGUUUGGAAGAUCUGGUAGAAAAGGCCGUUGUGCAAGAGAAAUGUAUUGCAGCGGAGCAGAAGUUCAACAAGGCAGCUCAGCAUAAGUCUGAAGGAGCUUCAGAGUCACAGAAGAGGACAUGGGAUCAGCCGAGUAUCCAGUGCCAUAAUUGUGGAUUGUUCGGGCAUGUUUCUAGAAAUUGUCGAAAGCCACCAGUUACCCAGUUUAUAGCGCCAGGAGCACCAGUAGCAGCAGCAGCAGCUAGGAACUGUUAUGGUUGUAACCAGCCAGGUCAUAUCUUCAGAGAUUGCCCUAGGAGGGGCAAUGCAGCGCUUCCACCACCACCGAAGCGCCUAGCCAUCGUUCCACGUGUGUUCACGGUGGGAGAUCACCAGGGAGCUGAGCCGAUAGCGGGUAUGUAUCUUUAUCAUACUUGUUUGUGUUAAGUAUUUGUUGUGGUCUCGUAAUUAUCUGUGUAGUUAGCAAAAAUCUCGUGUAGUUCGGUUUUGCUUAGAAGUAAGUUAGCUUGCACCUUGUUCGACAUGGAAGCUUCCCACAGAUUUGUGAGUUCACAUAUGGUCAAGUCUUAGCAUUUUUGGUGUAUCUUUAAAAGAAGACAAAGAGGGUUUGAGAGCAAUCAGUAUUCAUCGCGAUGUACCAGUUGCCUUUCGAGUAUUAAGAUGGCACCAUAUGAAGUCCUUUACAACAAGUUUUAUUACAUACCGCUUUGUUGAAGACAAAAGUGGGGGAGCGACGUGAGGUAAAAACCGCAAUGGGUCAAGAGAUGGUAGAGCAAAUGGACGUGAUCAAGUUUGGCCUUGGGAAGGCCAUGACCGUGAAAAGAAGUUAUGCAUGUAUGCAUCGUAAGGAUUUGGAGUUUCAUGCCAGUGAAUGAAUAUACCUAAAAUGAAGACAUUUUAAGGAGGAGCUAAGACACGGAAGUUGAAGAAGCUUAAACCGAAGUACAUGUUAUCAUAUCUUAUUUUUGGAGCGGUUUGGAGCAGUUCUUAGAGAUUGGAUUUAUCAACAGAGUUAUCAGAAUUUCAAGACGUGUUAAAUGUAUCUAUUAUGAAGAAGUCGAGAGAAAGUCAGAGCUUAUUUUCCAGCUGUGCCAGAUGACCUUAAAGAGAUUGUAAGCAUCUUCUCGACCAGUGAAGAUUUCGGAUCACCAAGUAAAAGCAUUUCAGAGAAUAAAACUGUGUUUGUCAGAGUUCGUUGAGAGAGAGACGAAGUUCAGGAGAAGACCUCAAAGAGAGCAGAUUGGGUAUCCGGAGUUUGUUACAAUGAUAUUGGACAUGUCAACUCCAUAUUCGAAUUCGGGGACGAAUUCCUUGUAAGUGGGGGAGAAUUGUAACGACCCGAAUUCUGGUUUCGAAAAUUUUUAGCCGG